AUGGCUCGUAGCAACACUCCCUACUUCCUUCUCCUUUUCGUCGUCCUCGCCUUCUGCCUCUCCAACAAUGGAGUAUACGCGUUCGGCGCAGGCAACAUCCCCUCAUUCGCGUACAUGGAGGGCAGGGCAUUCCGCCACGGUGAUAUCGAAGACGUCCUUGCAGAUCUAAUCAAGAAAGGUUCCAGUGGCGGCUUUGCCCUCGCGAGUAUACUGUCGAAAGGUAGCAAGUUCAACGGCCUCGACAUCAAGCGGGUUUACUUUGGGAAUUGGCUCCGCGACUACAGCCAGGCGGUCGACAUCAGCACUCUCAAAAAACUCCAGCUCCAGACGAUCAUCAACCUCUGCAUGGUCCUCGGCUUCAUGGCCCACGGAUAUGCCACGCACGAAUUCGAAGUAACCGAAGAGCGUCUGGGCGUCUACCUUCCGACUGAGCACAUUGACAAUCCGAAAGGCUAUGGCGACGGUGAAGAUGCGCGGACGUACCACCCCAAGCUACGCGGGCCUGUCGAUCCAAUAGAGUUAGAAAUCGACCCUAGGUCUGGAAUGAAGAAUUACAUCGCCAAUGAGGACGGGCACUGGGACACAUCGCGUGCCCUCGUACGCCGCACCCUCGAGCAGUGCAUCCAUAUCGGACGGCAGCACCGCGCACGCGGGCAGAAGCAAGAUGAGUACGAGGCGUAUCGCCUCCUCGGACAAGCUCUCCACACCCUAGAAGACUUCCCCGCCCACUCCAACUUCUGCGAGCUCGCGCUGGUGGCAAUGGGCCACCACGAUGUGUUCGUGCACGUCGGCGACAACGUACGCGUGCAAGCCCCAAACGGGCGCUGGGUCGCGCCGAUCGUCACGGGCACGUUCGGUUCCAGCGACUUUAUCCACUCCUUGCUUGGAGAGGCCAGCGACCACCUAAGCUCCGCCUCCGUUACUGACAUCAACCGCGAGCUCGACACCGCUCGUACGAAGUCCUUCUCGCAAACGCGUAGCGGCGGUGGACCCACCGACCCGGCCAACGCCCUGCGCGACCUGUUCUUCGCCCUGCCUGGGGGCGAGGGCAGCGAGCUGAGCAGGGACAUGGAGAAUAUCGAGCGGAUUAGGGCUGGGCCUGCUGCAGGGGGCAAGAGGCCAGAGGAUAUGAGCCCGCAGGAACUGCAUUCAGUGCUGUGGCAGGUGUUGACGUUUAGGGAUAGUGUGGUGAAGAAGAUCUCAAAAACGAUUGAGAAGAUUCCUGGACUCGGGCCGCUCAUCGAGAAACUCAUGGAUGGGAUCUCAGUCUUCGUGUUCACGACCCUAGAACCUUUCCUGAAACCCAUCAUCAAGUCAUCGACAGCGAGUUUGCAGAGCAUAUCCGGCGAGGUCAUCGAUAACCAUGACCAGUAUGAGGUGUUCAACGAUGCUAGAGCUUCGGACCCUACGCACUCGUUCUUGAGUAAAGACCAUUUUAAUUUGAUCCUUAAUGAACCAGCUGGGCAGUUGGCUAAGAUCAUCGUGAUGCACACCGUCAAGCUUAUUCAGAACGCUUGGGACAACAACUCUGUUAACGUACACCAAGUUACGGAGGAAGCUGUACAAUGCCUGUUCCACCCCGACUUCCACAACUCCAACUCCCAAGUCCAGCGCGACAUGCUGCAGUGCAUGCGCGACUGGUUUUCCAAAUCCUCGGGCCAACAAUCGGUCCUGCAGCGCCUCUCGAAGAACGCCGUGCGGAACCACGAGAACAUCCGGCUCGCGGGCGAGGGCGGCGCGCCGGCCGCGCAGGGCUCGUACGCGCAGGGACAGGCGCAUCAGUUCCAGGCGUAUUUAGGGCAGAACGUACCCGGGUUCUCGCAGGCACAGAGCCUGUUUGGUGGUGCGGGGAAUGCGAAGGACGGACCUGGAGGGAUGGGACCGGGCGCGAUGCCGCCGCAUACACAUGGGCAUGGGCCGACGAGCCCGCAGCCGCCGAUAGGCGGCCAGGCGGCGUCGUAUUAUAACAGUGGACCAGGUGGUGAUGGUGGAGGAGGGAGAGGAGGGGGAUCGGGCUACGCACCGAGCUAUGGAGGAGGGUCGAGCUAUAGCGCGCGCGUGCCGUCGCCUUCUUCGCCGCCGCCGCCUCCGCCACGACCAGGAUACUCGCCGUCGUACGCCCCGACGUACCCGUCUCCGCCGCCAGGACCGCCUAGCCACGGCACGGGCAUGGGCACGGUGGGCAUGCGCCCUCGUUCCCUGGGUCCACACCCGGCUUCCCAGACGCACCUGGGUUCCCUGGCGCACCUGGCGGGUACGGUGGUGGGCCGCCUGCCCCCGGAGGUUACGGCGCGCCGCCACCUGGGUUCCCGGACACUGGACCCGGAGGGUUCGGACCACCUGGAGGCACAGGAGGCCCUCCGGCGCCGUUUGGGUUCCCUGGAGCAGAUCCGUAUGGUGGGGGGCCGCCGCAGUUCCCUGGUGGGCCGGGGGAUAAUAGUGGUGGGUAUAAUUAUGGACGGCCGUGGUAAUGCUGGAGGUGUGGAGAUAGAGAAAGAGAAAGGGACGAGUAAAUGCAAAGUGUAG